GGGGCGCAGCGGCGGGGCCCGAGACUCGGGAGGGCUCGGCGUGCGGAGCGCGGAGCGGGAGCGCGAGCGGGAGCCGGAGCCGGAGCCGGAGCCGAAGCCGGGGUGGGCGCAGCGGGCGAGACCCUCCCGGCAAGUGGGUGCGCGUCCCGGAGCGUCUCGCGCGCAACUUCCAGGGCGCACCUGGCGGGGCGGUGGCACGUGGCCGCCCGUACCCAGCGCGGGGCCGCAUGGAGGCCACGGAGAAGCGGCACCUGUUGGACGCCAGGCUCGGAGUCCGGUCAUACACAGGAUCUCUGUGGCAGGAUGGGACUGGUUGGAUCCCUCUACCUGGACCUGGCCUGGACUUGCAAGUCAUUACUACCCAGAGCAACCAUUACUGCCAUGCCCAGAAGGGUCCUGGCAGUCACUGUGACCCCCAGAAGGAGAAGGCCCGGCGCCAGCUCUAUGUGGCCUCUGCCAUCUGCCUGGUGUUCAUGAUCGGAGAAGUCAUUGGUGGGUAUCUGGCACACAGCUUGGCCAUCAUGACCGAUGCAGCCCACCUGCUCACUGACUUUGCCACCAUGCUUAUCAGCCUUUUCUCCCUCUGGAUGGCCUCCAGGCCAGCCACCAAGACCAUGAACUUCGGCUGGCAGCGAGCUGAGAUCCUGGGAGCCUUGCUCUCUGUGCUGUCCAUCUGGGUCGUGACUGGAGUGCUGGUGUACCUGGCUGUGGAGCGGCUGAUCUCUGGGGACUAUGAGAUUGAGGGGGGAACCAUGCUGAUCACAUCAGGCUGCGCUGUGGCUGUGAACAUCAUAAUGGGGUUGACCCUUCACCAGUCUGGCCAUGGGCACAGCCACGGCGCCAGCCAGCAGCAGGAGAACCCCAGCGUCCGAGCUGCCUUCAUCCAUGUGAUUGGAGACUUUCUUCAGAGCUUGGGUGUCCUGGUGGCAGCCUAUAUUGUAUACUUCAAGCCAGAGUACAAGUAUGUAGACCCCAUCUGCACCUUCCUCUUCUCCAUCCUGGUCCUGGGGACGACAUUGACCAUCCUGAGAGAUGUGAUCCUGGUGCUGAUGGAAGGGACUCCCAAGGGUGUGGACUUCACAGCCGUGCGAGAUCUGUUGCUGUCAGUGGAGGGGGUGGAAGCCUUGCACAGUCUGCAUAUCUGGGCGCUGACAGUGACCCAGCCCGUGCUGUCUGUCCACAUCGCCAUUGCUCGGAAUGCAGAUGCCCAGGAGGUGCUGAAGGUGGCCAGCGCCCAACUCCAGGGGAAGUUCCAUUUCCACACCAUGACCAUCCAGAUUGAGGACUACUCUGAGGACAUGAAGGACUGUCAGGCGUGCCAAGGCCCCUCAGACUGACUGCCUGGCCAGGCCCCAGCUGGACACGGACAGGAUCUCCAGGUGGCUGGUCUGAGUGUCCUCUGGGCCCAACCAGGACUCUUCCUACUCCUGCUGU